CCUGAGGAACACAACCUGAGGAACACAACCUGAGGAACAGAUGAAGUGGGGUCAGCUGGACCUGGACCCGAGGGUCAGGGCAGCACUGAGGAGAGCUGAUCUGAGACGUGUCCAGGACGUCCUGUGUGUGUCUGCUCUGGACCUGCAGAGGACCACUGGUCUGUCUCACUCUGACGUCCAGCGGCUGCUCGCCGCGGCAGCCGGCGCCUGCAGGCCACACCCCCCCGGCCCAGCCGUCCUCCGUGGAGGACAGCGUGACCUCCGACUGGCGGUGGGCUGCCCCCUGCUGGACGGGCUGCUGAGGGGAGGACUUCCUGUGGGGGGGGUCACCGAGCUGUCUGGAGAGAGCGGCGCAGGAAAGACUCAGCUGGCGCUGCAGCUGAGUCUGUGCGUGCAGUACCCCCCGCAGCACGGAGGGCUCGCCGCAGGAGCAGUUUACAUCUGCACCGAGGACCCGUUUCCUGUCAGACGUCUGCAGCAGCUGAUCCGGGGACAGACGUGUCUUCGCGCUGACGUCCCUCCGGCGUUGAUCAGCAGCCUCCGGUUCAGCGACCACGUUUACAUCGAACACGCCGCUGACUUGGACUCUCUCCAGGUGUGUCUGUCCCGGCGUGUCCCCCUGCUGCUGGCUCGUGGUCUGGUCCGGCUCGUGGUCGUGGACUCGGUGGCGGCUCUGUUCAGGUCUGAGUUCCAGGCUGAUGAUUGGCUGGAGAGGAACAGACGGCUGCUCAGCUUCUCCUCCAUCCUGCACCGCCUGAGCCAGGAGUUCACCACACCUGUGCUCGUGAUCAACCAGGUCACGGAUGUCUUCAGCAGAUCAGACAGUUCAGGUCCUCUGUCCUCCAACAUGUCCCCUGCGCUGGGUCUGGCCUGGUCCAAUCAGGUGAUGGUGCGGCUGAUGAUGCGCCGUCUCCAGAGGACAGUUGUCCGUGGUGACCAGAGCAGCGCCCUCCGCAGGCUGGAGGUGGUGUUUGCUCCUCACCUGGCUCGAGAUGGACGAGACGCCGCCGUGUGGAGGGAGGGGGUGGGGGGGGUCUGCAGCUCUGACACAGAAACAUGA